AAGUUUCUUUUCUUUUGUUUAAUUCAGAUCGAUUCAUGUUCUCAACGCUCUCCAUGAUUCAACAGAGACGCAAGUUACAGAAUCAAAGAAAGGAAUGUGUAUAUGAAAGAUUUUAUGAAGCGUAUCCAAUUGAUAAACUUAUUGUUAUACGAUUUCAAAGAUGCAUAUAUGUUGAGAAAGGAGGAGGAUGGAGAGAGAACUGUGAUGCCAUCUCUAUCUGAUCUGUUAUCUGUGACAUGGAGAACGUCCAUUCACUAGAGCAGUUGCUGGGUAUUCUAGAGGAAGGCCUCCAUGAAGAUGCAGAGUCCUUGAGGCCAUCCUCACAGUCUGCGUUUUCUUCCAUUGUUGAAAACUUGUUUGAUCUCAGCUGUGCUGAAGAGCCUUCCCUGCCUGUUGAACCAGUAGCUCAUGUUUCUUCGUCGUCUGCAAAACCACCAAUGAGCAGAGCCAGUCUCCGUGCCUUGGAGAGGAAGAGGAGGGACAAGCUGAAGGACAAGCUCUUGGCACUCCGCUCCUUGGUUCCUUUCAUCACAAAGAUGGAUAAAGCUUCAAUCAUUGGGGAUGCGGUCGUCUAUGUGCAGAAGUUGCACAAGCAAGCCAUGGAACUCGAACAAGAAAUCCGAGAGCUCGAGUUGUCGUUUGGUUGCAGUGGACAAGGGGAGUAUGAUACAGAUGACAAGUUUAAGCUUUCUGGAGUCUCUGAUCAGCCGCGUCAUGAUUCUUACAGAAUUUUGCAGCUGGACGUGUUUCUGGUUGAGCAGAGCAGAUUCUAUGUCAAAGUCAUAUGCAGCGUGAAGAAAGGAGUGGCGCUGGCCCUGUUGCAGGCCGUGGAGUCCCUUGCUUGUUUACAUGUGCAGAGCUCAAACAUGGCUGCCUUUGACAAAUUUAUUGUCUUCACCUGCACGGUUCAGGCUGCGGAAUGCUUAGAAGAAAGCAACGAGCUCACCUUGAAGACGAAGCUGAUGGCUGCUUUCAUCAAACGAAAGUUUGUCCAUCUUUGAGUUAUGAUGCAAAAGCAAGUGAAAGUUGGCGCCCGCAGAUGUUACAUCAGAAGGUGAUCAACAUCAGCCAAGUUAUGGAACCAAAUAGAUUUUGAUGUCCUGAUUUUCCUUGUUGGAGAGUCUGAAUCAGAAACUUCAGAUCAAAUGGUUCCUUGAACAAUGGGCAGAAUUUUAUUGUUUUAGGAGUGUAAAGUUCGGAGUUGCUUUCUCCUUCAUCUCCAAGAAAGAAAGUAAAUUUUUGUUUAAGCUUAAAAAAUGGUGCCCCACUUUCUGAAGGAAAAAUAUGGGUUGAAUUAGCAAGAUUUUACUGCAACUUUGCUCAGAAAACUCAACCAAAGAUAUAGUUGUCUGUAUUCCUUUCCGCUAAAAAAGAGAAAGAGUUGUCUUCGUAAUAGGUGUAAUAUAGCUGGUUGGGUUCACGAGUCUCGGGUGAAACUGAGGUUUUAGCUCUUUUGUUAGAUGGUAUGAUAAAAUACUCUUUCUACUCAUCCAAUUAAUAAAUUGACUGUUGUAUAUAUCUAGUAAAUUGACUGCUGUAUAUAUCUGAUCAUUAUUUAUUGUUUAGACAACCUUGAUCAUUAUUUAUUGUUUAGACAACCUUAACAUCUGA